UGUGUCUCUGAUUAUCAGCAUGAGCCACAUUACACACUGAAGCACCGGAAUCAGGGAAAGCAAAAAGAAACUCGCCUGCAUGUGUGUAACGGUGGCUCCACCUGCAGACAUCACUGUGCAGCAGAGAACACGUGUGUCCAGCAUUUUGACAAAUAAUAAUUUAUAGACAACAGUUUAAAUUGUAUUACAGUGUUUAGGGGAUGAAAAUGCUGAAUGUUUGAUGGCUGACAAAUGCAUCCAUAAUGUCUCCUUUACAAUCUGUAUUUGUGUCUCUUUAUUAACAUUAUAUUUCUCUUAUGAGAUACCUUUAUGUCUGUGUGUUUUUCUGCAGAGUCUCCCAGAGGUUUUAGGCAGCCACCUGGUCAGGGUUCAGGUAAAGGCUUGUGGACUCAGCCCGCUGGACCUCAAGCUGCUCGAUGAUGUCGGGAUAAAGAGAGAUUUAAUUCCUGUUGGCAGAGAGGUGGCCGGGGUCGUGCUGCAAGUGGGCGCCAAGGUGUCUUUCUUCCAGCCGGAGGAUGAGGUUGUUGGUAUUCUGCCUCUGGACUCUCCCUGUUCUGGACUCUGCGAUGUCAUUGACAUAGAUGAACACUAUUUAGUUCAGAAGCCAGAGAAGCUGAGCUCGGUGUGUGCUGCCGGCGCUCUGCGUGACGCCCUCUGUGCUCACACUGCCCUGCACACACACGCUCGCGUGGCAGCGGGACACACGCUCCUGGUCAUGGACGGAGCCAGCUCUUUUGGCCUCAUGUGCAUCCAGCUGGCUUGUUACCACGGAGUGAAGGUUUUCACGACGUCACACUCGCCGCAACAACACACCUUCCUGGAGCAGCUUCGGCCCAGCGUAGGUGUUCAGGAUCCUUUAGUAGCCAAAGUUAUUCCAGUGUUUAACGGCCCAUCAGAGCUGCUGCCCGCGGUUCUGGAGGAGACGGGAGGACUGGGAGUGGAUAUCGUGGUCGACUCUGGAGUGCGUCUGCAAGAGGAAGAGUCAGAGGAGGCGAAGCUCCUCCCACACAAACAUGACAUCAUCAGUGUGCUGGGAGUGGGGGGGCACUGGGUCACUACCCACAAAGACCUGCAGCUGGAUCCUCCAGACUGCAGACUGCUGUACUUAAAAUCCGCCUCCAUGUCUUUCCUCAACCAUGAAGUGUGGACGGCUUCAUCUGCGCAGCAGGGCAGAUACCUGCAUAUCCUCAAGGACAUCGUGGAGAAGAUGUCUGCUGGAGUCCUCAGACCUCAGCCCAAGGAGGCGGUCCCUCUCUAUGAAGCCACGGUUAUCAUGGAGUCUGUGCAGCGUCACCAGAAGAAAAAGGCUGUUGUUCAACUCUGACCGGGCCUGAACCCGUCUCAGCAUCAAGAGGAGCACAAGACAUCAUGACCCGUCAGAGAGAAACUCUCAUAUUAACACCUGCGGUUCAGAAUCUCCAGUUCACCUGACCGGCACCUGUCCUGCAGCUUCACUUAAAGCUGCAGGAAGAAUCUAUUUUCUUCAGUUCUAACCAACAAGCCACAGUGUUUCCUUAUAACACAGACUGCUGAAUAUGUAUGAUUUCAUAAUAGGAGACUACAACCCACAUAUUAUAGGUCAUUCAUAAUACAUUGAGAAUCCACAACGCUUCAUUUUACUCAAUAAAUACGCGUUUGAUCAAAAAUAAAAAGAUGACUGCAAUUCUUGCUUUUGGUGUAAAUACAGCAGCGACCUGUUGCAGUUGUUGUAUUCUGUAGUUAGUAAUUACUUGAGUCUCAAACAAGAUUCCUAAAUGGAAAUGAUCGAGAACUGUACUGUCACUUUAAAUCAGACAAUAAACAAGACAUGACAUGUCUUACAUGAGUCCAGAAGGUUACAAGAACAGUUUUAUAGUCAUUCUACUUCACUGUAGUGUGUAACUUUUGAUGGUGGUGACCAGAUCCUCACCGUCAUUAUAACAGAGCAGAAGCUCUUUGAGCACACCUGGAAUCAAACCGUCGGACGUCGGGCAAUGCUGCCUUUGUCGGUCGUACUGGUCGACAAGCAGAGCAUUACAUUUACAUUACAUUACAGUCACCAAAGCGACUUACAAUUCAGAGUCUAUCACAUUUCUAUACCGUAG